CUCAUUCGUUCUUUUUCUCUCACUUGUCUCUCUUCAGAAAAAACUUUUCUCUACAAUUUCUGUUUUACAAAUUCCCUCAAUUCCGGAAAAAACUACGAUAUCGACGAGAUGUACAACGAAUGCAGCUCUCCGUCUUCCGCUAGAUCAACGAGAGGAACUGGUCACAGGCUGAGAUCUCCGAUCUGCUGUUUAGGAGCGAACGCGGUGGUUGAGCCGGAGGCGAUGAUCGGGCAGAGAACGCCGAGAUCUCCUUACGAGUGGCUCAAAUCGACGGCGCAGGAGCUCGAGAUCAGAGACCGGUGCCGUCGCGUCAAGACACGCAUCAAGGUUACGUGCCGCAACAACAAUUGCGCUUAUAAUUGCGCUCAUCAUCACCAUAACCAACAGAGACACCAGAGCCAUAGCUAUCCUGGAGAUUUCAGCUACGAUCCGUUGAGCUACGCGCUCAAUUUCGAGGAUGAUGUGCGAGCGGACGAGGACGGUUCUUUCCCGAAUUUCACGGCGAGGUUGCCUGCGUCUCCGGUGGCGAAAUCUCGAUCGGCGACGGUUGAUCUUAUCUCGUUUUGACGGUUAAUUGAUCUUUUCGGUUGUGUGACGGUGAAUAUAAAUGUUGUUCUCCUCCGUUGUGGUUAAUUGAGAAUUUGAGAAAUGGCGUACGAAUAUCACGUCGUUGUUAUUAUAUAAUAUGUAAAUGCUCUCGCAGAUUUAUUGAUACCUGUAAAAUUGAUGUGUGCAAAAGAAGGAAACAUUUUCUAUAUAUCUCUCUCUCGUCUUCCUUUGUACA